AUGAAAGGCAGCCCCAGACGCAGUUCAUCUACGGGUGUGCAGAUCUCAGGGACGAGUGGCAGGCAGCCGUCUCCCUUGGAGACUAAAGAAUCAAGAAAUCGAAUAUACAAAACUAUAAAGAAAUCCAUUCAAAAGAUAAACCCAGACAGAGAAACCAAAAUGCGAAAGAUAAUGGCGUCUAAGCCACGCAGCAAGAACCAAAAGCGCAAGUCUUCCUUUAUGGCCAUAUAUGUGGGGCUGUUAACGGCACUCGGGGGAUUUUUGUAUGGGUAUGACACAGGUAUAAUCAAUGGACUACUUGAAACGAAGUAUGUUAUGGCACACUUCACUAGAGGCGGCAAAACAAAUUUUGACUCAGCUGAGAGAGCCAUAAUAACCUCCAUUUUAUCCUUGGGUACGUUAUUUGGAUCGUUGAUUUCCCCAAUUAUUUCUGACACACAUGGCAGGAAAUUUUGCAUGGUUGUCACACUCAUAAUUUUCAACAUUGGCACAAUUGUUCAAAUAGUCCACGGAUCUUAUGGGCUGAUUCUCUCCGGUAGGUUUAUCAAUGGUAUUGGUGUCGGCGCUAUUUCGUCUAUAAUUCCAUUGUACCAGGCAGAGGUCUCGCCAAAAUGGAUCAGAGGUGUAUGUAUUUCAUUCUACCAGUUGGCGAUAACAAUUGGGUUACUCGUCUCAAGUGCCAUAUCUCAAGCGACUAGAAAUAUAAAUGACGAAAGGUGUUUCCGAAUUCCUAUUGGGUUGCAGUUCGUUUGGUGUGCCUUCUUACUAGGUGGAUUGCUAACAUUACCGGAAUCUCCCCGAUUCUACGUAAUGAUUGGAGAUAUCGAUGGGGCAAUCAUUUCACUCUCACGUUUUCGUCGGCUGACUAUUGAUGAUAAUGAAUUAAUUGAGGAAUUAAUUGAAAUCAAGGCCACGCAUGAUUACGAAACAAGCACAGGAUCCAUAAGUUAUUUGGACUGUUUCAAAAGCUCCAAGGGCAGAUCACAUCAACUAAAGAGGAUGGUCACAAGUAUGGCUUUACAACUCUUUCAACAGGCAUCCGGAAUAAACUUUAUAUUUUAUUACGGGGUGAAUUUCUUUGUUGCAACAGGCGUUAACGAAUCAUACCUAAUGUCUUUCAUAACAUAUGCCGUAAAUGUUGUAUGCACAAUCCCGGGGAUAUUGGUGGUUGAUAAACUCGGUAGACGGAAACUAUUGAUGAUUGGUGCAUUGGGUAUGACUAUUUCAAAUUUUAUCAUUGCCUUUGUUGGAUUAAAUUCAAAUACUGUAAUCGUCAAUAAAGUUAUGUUGUCCUUUGUUUGUACCUUUAUUGCGUUUUUUGCAGCAUCUUGGGGGCCAGUCGUUUGGGUCGUCACUGGUGAAUUGUUUAGUUUAUCCGUAAGACAGAAGGCCGUUUCAUUAUCUGCAAGCAUGAACUGGAUUGUCAAUUUUGUGUUUGCAUAUUCAACACCAUACCUUAUUGAUCAAGGGAACCAUACCGCCUCUAUCGGUGCCAAGAUAUUCUUUCUUUGGGGGUCUCUGAAUCUAGCAGGUUUUUUAUUUACAUUUUUGUUUGUCUAUGAGACAGAAGGGUUGAUGUUAGAAGAGGUGGAUGAGUUAUACCAUAGGUGUUCGUAUGCGUUUCAAUCACACAAGUAUAAUAAGGAGAUACAAAAUGGAAGCGAACAGAGAACGGGUGAAGAAGAAACACAGCAUGAUGAAAAAUCCAAAACUAACCAUGAAUCCGUAAUGACAAGCGUAAAUACCUCAGGCUCAGGUGACUGUGAAGAAUCCGAGAGUAUCUAUUCUCCAAUGGACUAUUUAAACCGUUGGGCGGAGAAGCGUCAACGCAAUAGCAUUUUGAAUGAAAACAUUCUUACGAGACCCACCAACGAAUUGCCCCAAUCUCUUGAACUCACUCUCUCGGAUGAAAAUUCGGGCUCUUCGGGAGCAGGUAGUCAGGAAAUACCUUUGGACUUCAAUUUCAGUCACGGGUUAUACGGUGAAACCGUAGAACACUCGCCUCAGCCGAACCUGGAUGACAACGAACCACAUGAAGAUGAAGAAGAGUAUCAUGCCCAGCUCGAUGAUGUGAUCAACUACAUCAGUGAGCAAUCGGGAUUCGAUUUACAUCCACCUGGUGUGGACUAA